GACAGGAGGAAGGAAGGCUACGGCUACGGCCAUUGCUUACAGUACUUAUAAACAUUUGUUAUCAUCAUUAGUGUUUCCCUGGAUAUCUAAAUCUAGGUUAUCCUCGAAUGUUAUUUAGAAUGAAUUUUAAAAGCUAAGUGAUAUUUAUUUUUACAAUUUAAAUUUAGGAUAAACAUGUCGUUAGCUGAAGACCCAAAUGACAUUGAAGCUGAUGAUGAGUUUGAAGAUGCAUACGAAACACAGCCAAUGCCUAGCUCCAUGGAUCUGGAAACAGCCAUGCAAGAGUCUAAGGUGGCUGUCCAUCUUUUUUUCAACAACAAAUUUGAUGAAGCAUGGGAAAUGCUUAGACCUUGGGUUGGCUCGAGUGUUUACCAUACAGUUGGGAAUGCAGUUUUCCAUUUCCUAGAAGCGGUUCUUACACUGGAAGUGGACAGUAUAACAAAAGCAUCAGCAGCCUUAAAACAAAGCAUACAGCUGUGCAACUUUUACAGAAGAAGACAUACGUUUUCCGAGUCAUUUGGAAAAAUGGUGAAAAAACAAAACUAUGAUCAUUACACACCAGAGGCAAUACAUGCAGAGUUGUGCUAUGCUGAGUCUCUAUUACUGAAAUCCAUGCUGACAUUCAUUGAAGACGAGUCCUUAGUUAACUUUCUUAAGGGUAGUUUAAAAAUCCGUUCCUGUUAUAAUUCGUACAAAGAGUGUGCUAAUAUACUGCACCAGAGGCACUGGACCGACGAGGCUCACAAAGUUCAUUUUGAAAGCGGAGUGCGAAUGGGUAUUGGAGCUUUUAACUUGAUGAUAUCAUUGCUACCUAGUAGAAUAAUCAAGCUUCUAGAAUUCAUCGGAUUUUCUGGAAGUAAAGAGGUGGGGCUAAAGGAGCUACACAUGGGGUAUGAGCUCAAGCAGGGGCUGAGACAUGUCUUAUCUGUUAUGACACUUCUCUCUUAUCACCUCAUCAUAGUUUACUUCUUGGGACAUUCUGAUGGAGAUUUGGAGUUGUGUGACCAAAUACUCAAAGCACAGCUUAAGCUAUAUCCAGAGGGUGCAUGGUUCCUGUAUUUUAAGGGAAGAUUAGAGUUGAUGAAGGGAAACUUGUCAGAGAGCUGCUCCUGGUAUAUCAAGUCUUGGAAUUCUCAGAGCGUUUGGCCUCAGUUCCACCACCUCUGCUUCUGGGAGCUCAUGUGGGCUCACAGUUUAGCUCUUGAGUGGGACCAAGCAGAUGUAUACGCGACUCUGCUGAUGAAGGAAAGUAAAUGGUCCAAAACCACUUACGCUUACCAGAAAUGUUCCAUACAACUCAUGUCACACCAAGUUCUACCUCAGGAAACGCAAGACACCAUAGAUUCCCUGAUGAAGAAGUUACCACACUGGAAAAAGAGAGUUGCUGGAAAGUCUCUACCAAUGGAGAAAUUUUGUAUCAAGAAAGCAGAAAGAUAUUGGAAUCAAGACAGAAAACUUCUUUUACCAAUGUUUGAACUGCUUUACGUUUGGAACAUGUUCAAGAUUUUGGGAAAAAAGUGGAAAAUGAUUGAGGCGGUCUACUUAAUUGUUGAUGAAACCAUCAAACAAAUGGAUUCCGGGAAAUUGAAGAUCAGCACGACGUAUGAGGCAGACAACCGGGGUCUGCUGAUGCUGCUCAAAGGAGGAUGUCUACACCAGAUGAACAGUCCUCUGCAAGCUGAAGAGUGUCUGUCCAAUGUCCUGGCCCUGGAAAAGAAGAUCAAAGAAGAUCACUACCUUGUGCCGUACGCCCUUGUACAACUCGGCAUCAUUCACUUCCACCAGGGCCAUAAUCAGAAAGCUAUCCAGAUAUUAGAAGAUGUCAAGAAGAACUACACUGGAUAUUCCUUGGAAUCCAGACUACAUUUCCAAAUCCAUUCUGCUCUCAUGGAGCUCAACUCUAAGGAGAAGAAAAGCUCCCGUGACAAUAUCAUCGAAUCUACUCGUGUCUAGCUACCUACCUCUUAUAGUCAUUCGCUAUCACAGCUUAUUAUUUAUCUGUGCCUUUGUUGUUAAUUAAUUGUUAAUCAUUUUUAUCAUUGUUACUCAUAAUUUUACAUAGUUAUUUUUAUGUCAAUAACAUUCUAAAUCCUCAUUUGAAGUAGUUUUAUGUAAUUUGAAUCUUUUUAGUGUUAUGUAAAAAUUCCAUAUAUUUUUAAUAGUUAAAUGAUGAUAGAUUUAGGUGAAAAUUUAUGAUAUCGAGUUUAAAAUGUAAUUAAAAAGUUGAAUUGUUAAAUAGUAGUUUUCUAGGAUUUUUUCCAUAAAGACUGAUGAGGUUUGUUCUGUGAUGUAAGAAAUAACAGGUUUAAAUAUAAAUUCAACUUUCUAAAAUUAAAAUAUAGCCUAUCUUUAAUGUUAAUGUUUGUUUCGUUAUAGUCUUUUGUAUCUAAAAUAUAUUCCUAUGUGAUUUAAUUAAUACAAUUGCUUAUGUCUUAGUAAAAUAAAACUGUGUUAUUGAACAUGUUUUUACUUAGAUAUUCAAUAUAAUUGUUAAGUUUUAAAAUAAUCGUUAGUUAGGAUAAAUUGAACAAUGUUUUCUUGUCACUAAUGUACAGUAAGUAAAAAAUCCCAUCUUAAUGAUUUAUAAUGCCCAGCCAUUAUUUUACACAAUGUCACUUUAUCGAAACAAAUUAUCCAAAAAAAUAUGUAUUGGUAAAAAUGUUUCUUUAAAUUUAAAGCCUCUUUGAUUUGAGAAAUUUUACAAACCAAAUCAAAAACCAUAAUAAGUCAUAAAUAUAAUGCUAUUCGAGUUUAUAAAUGGCUAGCGCUCCAUUUAUUUUAAUAAUAUAAAUAUAAAAUAUAAAUAUUUUCCGUUGUAUCUUAUUUUAGAUAUAAAAUGUAUUCCUUACUCUUAUAUGUAUUAUAAUCAGGCCAGAAUUUAUUAAAACACAGUCAUAUUGUGAGCCAUUUUCUGUUAGUUUAAAGCCCAUUCCAUGUUAUCAUAUACCAAUAAACAUUAAAUUGUGUGGUAUAAUUGUAGUGAAAAUUUACCCGCAGUUUUAAAAUGCACUUCAAACUAUAAUAUCAUCAUCAGUUGAAGAGUUCGUUAAUUUAUUUACCAAAUAUUUUCGAUGAGCCAUUUUUCCUUCUCCUCGAGU